AUUGGGUUGACAAAGAGUCAAAUAAGAACUGCUUCAUGGUGUUUGCAAGAGAUCUAGCGAUUGUUUGGGGUGAAAACAAGGACAAUUGGGAAUGGAUCCCAUUUCAACAGACAAGUGACAUGGAUGUAGAAGUGGCCGUACUACGAAACGUGUGUUGGUUGGAAGUGAGCGGGAAAUUUCGAACGAUUGCGCUCGCACCGAUGACUAAGUACGAAAUUGCAUUUGUGGUGACAAGGAUAGACCCAUAUUACCGGUGGGAUGCUCCUGUGACAUUCACAGCCACUCUCCCUGAUGGUAAUAAGGAAGAAUGUGUCAAAAGCUUGAGAAGAGUGCCUCAACAACGUUGGGAAUACAUCCCGAUCUGCGAAUUCGUGAUGUCGCCUGAAAAUGUUGGCGAAGUCACCUUUGCUCUUAAUGAGCAUGGUGGGAACUGGAAAUCGGGACUUGUUAUCAAAGGUGUUAGCUUUCGAGUCUCGACCGGUUAGAGGUACUUAAGAAACAUUGGGAUAUUUAGGUGAUUGCUAGAAUCAUGCAGGAUCUUCGCUACGAUCGGCUUCUUUCAUUUGAUUGUUGU